GUAAUUCUGAAACAAUGAAUCAAGAAUCUUCCCAGUUGUCAUGAAUUAACCUUUUCUCUGUCAAAAAUAAUCAAAUAUAAGACAACCCAAUUCAACCCAAAAGCCAUUUUUGCCUUUAUCAUUCUAUUUUUCUGGGUAAAAAAGGAGAUGAAGAAGCAGAACAUAGCCAUGGAAACUGAAGAGUUUUUGGAUAUGACUGUGAAAAUCAUAACAAAGAUGGGUCCUUUAUUUCAGUGUCAAAGAGCAAAUUUUGCUUUACUAGAAGUGAAAAUGGUUGAGGUUUUACAGAGGAAUUACAAAUUUCAACUCAAACAAUUCUUGGCAGCUUUUUUCUGGUUCAAGAAAGGACAACGGUAAGAAAAAUCUUAGAAGAGGCGAGCCUCCACGACAACUCAGAAGGGUGCAAAAAUGGAAGGAAAGGGGAAACAGGAUAGCACUGCCAAUGUGACGAAUGUGAACAAGAAUUGUCCGGACGUUGGAGUCAUCCCUAAACAGGAAGUGCUGGUUGAUGAUCAGCUCUCUGGUGCGGAUGAAGGGCUGAUAAUUCAUUAUCUUGACAAGAAAAUGAUGGACCAGCCCUUUCCCAAUUACACUAUUCAUGAAGUCGACGUCUUCUUGUACCAUCCUCAUCAGCUUUCUCAGAUGCACCAUCCAUCUCAAGCGAAAAAAUGGUACUUUGUGAGCCCAGCAAGCAACAAAUAUACAGAGGGAGGUCAAUCUAACAGGGUUAGCGUGAACGAUGAUGGAUAUUGGGAACCUUGUGGAACCGAUUCUCUCAUCCACAAGGAUGGUAAACUGAUUGGAUACCGAAAGACACUAAACUACAUUGAGGGGAAGCAUGAUAAGGAUAUGAAGAGGACUGAAUGGCUAAUGCAUGAAUACAGACUGGAAGGAAGCAGAGACAUGCAGCGGGUAUUUUGCAAGUUAUUCAAGUCGAAUAACAAGCUCAUGGAAGCAGAGGAGAAGGAAGCGACCAAAUUUGCUGCUCCAAAUGAUGGGGUAUCUAGCGCGGACCCCACAAUUCAAGGCCCCGAGAAAGCAAAUGACAUAACUAAUGAUAAGGGGCCGAGUAAUGGUCAUGGCCGUGAUUUACUUCCUAUGCCUGAUACUGAUCAGGGCACCACGAUACCUACCCCUAUGCCUCAACAUGUUCAGGGAACUACGCUUACUCGUACAGGUCGACAGAAAGCAACAAACAAUGUGGUUAGAAAUAAGCGUCCUAGACGUAAGCGUGAUUCACAUCCACCGCCUGCAUCUCAUCAAGGCCUUAUGAUGCCACACCUACCGAAUGCAAACUCUCAGCCUCAGCGUGACCAGGGAAUUAGGCUUCCUCCUCCUUUGCCUCAAAAUGAUGAGAGAAAGACGUUUCCUAUUUCUACAGGGCCAUAUAAAGCUAACAAUGGUGUGGUGUUGACUGACAACGGCCCAAGUAACAGCCUUGUGGUACCUUUCUGUCCCGAAUAUAUUCUUGAUGAGCCCAGCUUUGAUUGGACCGUGGCCAACUCUUGGCUUCAAGAUGGUACUAUGCCUCCUUCUCGUCCUCAACAUGGUCAGCAUACUAUCCUUCCUCUUACAGGCAACAACGCAAAUGCUGAUGAGGUUAGUGUUAUGGGAUUAACACUCAACCAUCUCCGUGAUGCGCAGGAUCUUCCUUUUUCUGUUGAACUUCCUAAACUUCCAUCGGUUCAAGCUUCACCCCGUGGUAGCCAUGAAAAUGAAGCAGCUGUAGCACCGAGAUAUGAUGGGUGGCCGUUAUAUACUGCAGAAACUAGACUGCUACCAUUUGAUGGACCGUUUGAGUCGUUGACCGAAGAAGAAUUGGCCUUCUUUGAUAAUCCUGAUCCUGGAUAUCCAGAGGCAUUUGAGAACAAGAAAGAGGCCAAGAAAUGAUUGAAAACGAAGAAACAUGAUAUGGCACAUUUUACUAUUUCUAGUGGUUUUAGUUAUUUUAUACAAACUUCCAGUUCAUGAUUAGAGAAGGUAUGAAGGCAGUAGAUUAAGGUUUCAGGGCCAAAUAAUUGAAGAAGGUCAUACCCAAUUAUUUCAAUUUUUUUUAGCAAUUACUAUCUUUAUCAAACAAUCUAUUAAGUACUAGUUUUUUUUUUUGGUUAUUUUUUGUGCUUGGUUUUUCAGGUCAUUGUUCUGAUUAUCGAUACUGCCUUUUCCAGUUA